GAAUCGAAAGAAAUCUUCUGGCGCACAAAACCGUGCUAAAGCUACUAAAAAAGUAGCAGAAAAAGCACAAAAUAGACAGACUUUAUAGGAUAUGGGAUUUAAAACCAUCACACAGACCAAAGAGAACGUUUCUUCUCCAAAAGCUUAAUUAAGCUCUUCAUCUGAUGAGUUCCCAUGGCAAAAAUCGAGUGGUACUUCUUGUUGACAUGGAUUGCUUCUAUGUUCAAGUAGUACAAAGGAAAAAUCCUGAACUUGUUGGAAAACCUUGUGCUGUUGUACAAUAUAAUGCCUGGAAAGGUGGAGGGAUUAUAGCUGUUGGUUAUGAAGCCAGAAAGUUUGGUGUCACUCGACAAAUGAGGGGUGAUGAAGCAAAAGAAAAAUGUCCGGAUAUUCAUUUAGUUCCUGUUCCUGAAAAUCGUGGAAAAGCAGAUUUAACACAAUUUCGUGAAGCUGGCGCAGAAGUUAUUGAGAUCCUUGCAGGUUUCGCUGAUUGUCUGGAAAGGGCGAGUGUAGAUGAAGCAUAUAUGGAUUUAACAGAGUUAAUAAACAGAGACUUUUGUAAUUAUGACAUCGAAGAAGUAGCCUUGCACACAUUUCAAAAUACAAAUAUAGUUGGUAUAGACAAUAUGGUAACAGGCCUUACUGAUACUCAAGAUAUUUUAAAGUGUGAUCUUUAUAAGCAGUGGCAUGAAGUAUUACAUCGUAGCGAAGAAAACCUGAAGUUAGCAAUUGGUGCAACUAUUGCUGACAAAAUGAGAAAAGAAGUUAAAGAAAAACUUGGGUUUACUUGUUCUGCAGGUAUAGGACAGAAUAAGAUGCUUGCAAAAAUUGUUGCUGGAUUUCAUAAGCCUGAUCAGCAGACUCUAGUUCUUCCUGAUAAUGUUGCUGAAAUGUUCCAGUCUACUAAAAUGAGAAAAAUACGUAGUCUUGGUGGUAAGCUUGGAAAGCAGCUUGCAGAAACAUUCAAUGUUGAAUAUAUGUCAGAUUUGUUAAAAAUAUCUUCACAUGAUCUUGAGAAAGUAAUUGGAAAGAAAUCAGGUGAUCUUGUUUAUGGACUUUGUCGCGGUAUUGACUAUGAACCUGUCAGGCCAAGACAGUUGCCAAAAUCAGUUGGUUGUAGUAAGAAUUUCAAUGGCAAAUUGACUUUAUCAACAACAGCUGAUGUUUAUAAAUGGUUGCGAUCUUUAUCUGAAGAAGUAUAUGAAAGAUUGGAAAAAGAAAAAGUUUUGAAUCAGCGCUUUGCAUCUUUAAUAACUGUGGGUUGCGUGAACAGUUUUAAAAUUAGCCAAUCACGACGCUGUUCUCAAAUUAAAAAUACAAUAAAUGAUAUUGCAGAUGAGUCCUUUCGUGCUCUUUCUGAAUUUAACCAAAGUACUAAUGAAACUGACUGGCAUCCUCCUAUUAUUAAUCUGCAUUUGACUGCCACAAAAUUUCAGACGAUGGUGUCUGCAAAUAAAUCCAUUGAUACUUACAUGACGCAUGAUUUUACUGGGGCUGUUGAUGACCUUAUAAAAAUAAACUUGCCUUCAGUUAAACCAAAAAAUAAGUUAAAAAGCAAUAUAUCGAACUUUUUUUCUGUUGCCGAUAGAAGUGAGUCCAAUAAACCAUUAAGCGAUGAAAAGCAGUUUCUCGUAAAUAAAAUGAUUACCCCUUCUGUGAAGUUAAAAGAUACAAAGAAAUUUGAAUAUUGGAAUAAGUUUUUAACAUCAAGGAAAUCAAAUGAAAUGAUAUUAGAUGAAUGUUCUGAGAAACAUAUUGACAGUUCAAGUAUCGGUAAACAGCAUAGUUCAACAGAAUUAAAUUAUGAUUCAAUAAACACAAAACACGAUUCAACUGAACGAAAACGUGGUUUAUCAGAACCAAAGUUUAAAUCAGCAGAAGCGAUUCUCAGUUCAGAAAAAUCAAAACAUUUUUCUAACGAUGUAAAAAGCAAUCUUUUGCACUCCGAUUCUAUAACUAAAUCGUUGUCGUUUUUUUCUAAAUUUUGUCAAUCAGCCGCUGAUGUUCAAGUUGAAGCAACACACGGUCAAAAAGAAAUUUACUCUCAAAAAAACCAAUCACCAAAAAAUAAUAUUUAUUCCGAUUCUGAAACAUAUAAAAAUGAAAGAAAGAAAACCUUUGACACAAAUUUACAGGCAAAUAAAUCUCUCCAAGUUACUAAGGCUGAAUUUGGAAUAACCGAAGAAAACAAUACUGUAUCCGUUGAUGAUAUUAUGGUUUGCGAAAAAUGUGAAAAACAGGUUAUUGCAUGGAAUCUCCCUGAACAUAUGGACUUUCAUUAUGCUAAAGAAGUUCAAGAUUCUUUUAAAAAUAAUUUUUUAAAUUUGUACAAACGCAAGGAAUUUAACGGGCCUCCUAAAAAAAAGUUAAAACAAGAUAUUCAAAACUUUUUUUCGUGUAAGAAGUAACUACUGAAAAAACGUUUCCGUUAAGUUCGUUAUUUACUAUUCCCAAUAUAAAAUUUCUCUAAAUCAAAUAAAUAGUUAUGUAUUUUUUAUUUAUAAGUUUUAUGAAUUUAAAGAUUA